UAAAGCAAUGCGGAACCUUCGCCGCCUUCUGGGCGCCCUUGAAAGGACCGUGGGCCAUGGCUGGCAUGGCGUUUGGCCGCGGGACCAGUCUGGACCUUCUGCGGUCCUUGCCGAGAGUGAGCCUGGCCAAUCUGAAGCCCAGUCUUAACUCCAGAAAACGGGAAAGACGUCCAAGAGAUCGGAGAAGAGGUAGGAAAUGUGGCAGAGGCCAUAAAGGAGAAAGACAGAGAGGAACCCGGCCGAGGCUGGGCUUUGAGGGAGGGCAGACUCCAUUUUACAUCCGAAUCCCAAAAUACGGAUUUAAUGAAGGACAUAGUUUCAGGCACCAGUAUCAGCCUUUGAGUCUCAGGAGACUACAGUAUCUCAUUGAUUUAGGUCGAGUUGAUCCAACUCAACCUAUUGACUUAACCCAGCUUGUGAAUGGGAGAGGUGUGACCAUCCAGCCCCUUAAAAGGGAUUAUGGGGUCCAGCUGGUGGAAGAGGGUGCUGAUACUUUUCAAGCAAAAGUUAAUAUUGAGGUGCAGAUGGCUUCAGAAUUAGCCAUUGCUGCAAUUGAAAAAAAUGGCGGUGUUGUUACUACAGCCUUCUAUGACCCAAGAAGUCUAGAAAUUCUGUGCAAGCCUGUUCCAUUCUUUCUGCGCGGACAACCCAUUCCAAAGAGAAUGCUUCCACCCGAGGCGCUGGUGCCCUAUUACACCGAUGCGAAAAACCGGGGGUACCUGGCCGACCCUGCCAAGUUUCCUGAAGCAAGACUGGAACUCGCCAUGAAGUAUGGCUAUGUCCUUCCUGAUGUCACGAAGGACGAACUCUUCAGAAUGCUCAGCACCCGCAAGGAUCCAAGGCAGAUUUUCUUUGGUCUUGCUCCUGGCUGGAUAGUGAAUAUGGCAGAUAAGAAAAUUCUAAAACCUACAGAUGAGAAUCUCCUCAAGUAUUACAGCUCCUGAACUGCCUUCAGUCAGUCAGACGUGUGAGCCGGGGGGCUGAACUCGGGCUCAUGUGGGCCUUACAGCCGAGGGGUUGGCACCGCCUGCACUGGUCGGGUCUCCUGUUCUUUCCCUCCGACAUUAAAUAACAGGCAGCAGAAGCUGCAUCGGAACUGA